AUACGUAGUAUCUCUUACUAGUCUGUGGUGCUGUGGCUGAAAACUGAAGUUCAUUCAUACGUUAUUUAUUUCUAUGUCCUUCCUAUUUCGUUUUGGAUAAAAAUAUUUAAUUAUAAAGAAAACAAAUCGCGUAAAGCUGUUGACAGAAGAUUAAUGAACCGGCUGGCUGCAUGAAGUGAUAAUAAAUUGUCCGUUAUUUAUGAUAUCAAUUGAUAGCAGAAUUUGCCAAUGUUUUGUUGUUAAUAUAGCUAGCAAAAAUGUAUCAUUGUGGAAUGCGCCAAAUGGAGGAGAGACAUGUUGCUAAUCAGGUAGAGCACAUGGUUUGGAGCAACAGACUAGACUUACUGGCCAUAAGCAAUUUUAAAGGUGAAGUACAAGUACACAGGCUUCAUUGGCAGAAAGUAUGGAAUCUGCCUCCACCAAAAGAAAAUGUUACUGUUCGAGCUAUGGCAUGGCGCCCUGACGGAAAGGCACUGGCGAUUGGUUAUAGCUCUGGCAGUGUUUACAUAGUGGAUAUUGAAGACAAAGAGGUUCUUGAUAAAUAUGACUUGGAAUUGGAAAAGUCUGAGGAGUUUGAUGAUACUAAACACUAUGGUAUUACAUGUGUCACUUGGGCUGUGCGAGAAGGGAAUUUGGAAAGUGCCACAGAGUAUAAUAUUUAUGACGAUCCUUCAAUUUUCUUACAAAAACCCCCUUCACUCAGCAGUGGAUUCAAGAACCCCAGCCCAGAGGACAAUGUGAAAGAUUUGAAAGAGAUUCAAGAACCUACACAACUGAAUAUGUUGAUAGUUGGCUAUGGAACUGGGUACAUCUACAUGAGCAUCUUUGGAAGAUAUCCUUAUGGAACAAUUCACCUUGCACAGGUUGCUAAAGACGAAUGUGGUGAAUAUAAAGUACUUGAUAUCUGUCUGUCUAAUGAUUUCAGCCUGAUGCAAGUUUGUUAUUUAGACAGGAGCACUAAUAAUGUGUUUGUGUCUCUAAUAAAUACCAGUGUGUUGUCAGCUUAUGCUGAAGAAAUGUUUGUGGUGGCAAACAGACAUGGCCAGGUUGUCCACUUGGUGUCCUAUCUUGAUCAGACCAUGACUUCAAUAACUGAGGCCUGGGAGCAUAUUUUAUUGGAAAUGGAUACCAAAAUGGCUUACUAUGCUGCUUCAGUCCCUGAGGGAGGGGUCUCGGCAGAUUUGUUGGAGUUGCUUAUGUUAGGUGUACCAUCAGAUGAACUGGAACUGUUCUUACUACAAGAAUUAACUGCUAAAGGACUCAAGAAGUUUGGCAGUUCUGUUGAACUAAGUUACUCAACAAUACAAAAACUGGUUUUGAAGCAGCUCAAUAUUGUUGGUCAGAGUCUGACCUAUUAUCUUGCUGAACUAAGAGGCCUCACAAGGGUUCCUGACAGAUACAAGAUUUUGGGCCUUGAAGAAACAACUGUAACAGAAGCAAUAAGAGCUUGUUGCGCAUUUUUAAAUAAAUGCCUAGAGCUCCAACAAGUGAUCGAUUCCUCAAUGCGCAACUACAAGGCAUUUUUCAGAUGGUUGUUUGUUGUAAUAGUUCGCCUUCUAGAUGAACAGACUCCCAGUGAAAUAGUCAAAAUAACACAACAAGAUCUUACCCAUAUUGCAGAGUUUUUGUACAAUUUUGACAAUGUUCAAACAGAGGGCACAGAAAGUACAUCAGAGAAACCAGUCAAAUUCAACUUAGAAAGAUUAGGCCAAUAUUUACAAGAUCAAGACUUAACAAUCUUACCAGAUGAUGAAGACAAUCCUUGGCAUAAGUUCCUAAAGGAAAAUCCCUGCUUGGUUAAGGAUAGUGACACUAUAUUUUCAAUGGCAGAGUUCAGAAGUUUCUCACUGGUGCAACAACAGAAAUUUCUGAAAAAUGCCAUAAAUAAGGUAUUUGAUGUUACAGAAAAGGAUGUUGGGAAAUAUUUUUCGAUACUGUUUAAUAUUAGAUGCUAUGAAAAUAAGUCUGAUGACCUUCAAAACAAUUUAAGGGUAUCUCAAAUAUUUGAUGCAACACAACGAAGAUUCAUGUUGUCAUUUGUUAAUACUACUGCAGGACAUGAUGGUUUAUGCUUUUUGUCUGUAGAUAUUAAAGAAAAAGCUUGUAAUUCAACAGCCACCAAGUACUAUUUUUCUCCAUGUUUAGUACAAGAUACUGGGAAUGACUUGCUGAAUGAGGAACACAUUGCUGUUCUAGAUCUGCAGUUCUAUUCUUCAGAAUACCUGUCCGUACUAACCAGUCACCCAAAUAAUAGUGACAGUUCUAUAUUCAUUCAACUGCCACUGAAAAUUGCUGUGGAUAAUUCAGCCCAGUUCAACAUAAAAUCGAAAUCUUGUGUAUUUACUGAUAAAAUAAGCAGAAGGGACAUAUCACCAUUGUUGGAUCAAGGAGUAACAAAGAUUCUCGACAAAAUGGAUGGCUACCGUAUCGCAGUGUCAGGUGGUAGGAAAGUUGCGGUGGUGUUAGCGAAAAGCUAUAGGAAAGUGAGAGUAUUUGAAAUGGAAGUUGAUGGCGAUGAUGAAGAAGAUGACACCUUAGAUGUGACCCCACAAUCACAAGCCAACAAGAGCGACGAUCAAGUUACUCCUGCCUAAGACUUUAGUUAAAUAUUUAUAUUGGAAACAUUGUAUCACGCCUGUAUCCCCGAAGAGGUAGGCAGAGGUAUAGUAUACACCUCCUCCUCAUCAAUUACUAUCUAGCUUUUAUUUACUGUAACCUAAAUACCUUAAUAAAACUAUUUUUAAGUGAA